GUGUGUGUGUGUGUGUGUUUGAUCCCACACUUCUUCCAGCCCCGCGGCCUUCACCUGCUGGGACAGUCGCUAUCGACUCCGUUUGAUGAAAUAUCACGUUCAGAGAGCCGGUGAAGACUCGCUAUAAAAGCCGUGACAUGAAAGCCUCCGCGUCCAGCCGCGUCCUCCCUGUCCUUCGUCUUCUCUCUCUAUCCUGGUGGCGGGUAAAAAGCGGCGGCCCUCGGUGACGCAGGAAGUGCGGUUCAAGCCGUCGGUGAAACGACAGGAAAUACUCGGCGGCAUCACAUUCACAGAGCAAAGAAAGAGAGUUUAUAAGCCAGAGUUUUGAGGAAAAAAAUACUGUUUGGCUGAACUGAAAUAACGCACUUAAAUGUUGAAUUCAACGAUGGGAAGGAAAAUUGCCUUGUAAUUAAACUAACACAGAUAUUAGCAAAUCAUGUUGCAUGCUUCGUUUUAAAGCUCUCCUUCCUUAAAUCUAGCGGGAAACUCUCACGAAAGCAGGUUUGAUAAUGCCAGGCGAAAAAAAAUUCGUAUCCUCGCCUUUUCAGCGCUAAUUCUUUGGUAUAUCCUGACAGGCGUGUUAUUUUCAGCUUACCCAAAAUCAUUGGUUAACCUUUUUUUUUUUUUUUUUACUUUUUAACAAACUUUUGCAAGAAAAAAAGUGGCGCUGAAUCACUGCCCACUAAGAAAUACUGUUAAAAUGAUCAACUAAAAGCUUUUUUUUCCCUCAUUUGCUCUACCACCGUGACAGGAUAAAGCCACAGAAAACUGGAGACGUCGCACUAUAGCAGCCGUCUAGCAAUGUCAACGACCAAGUCAAUGCAUUCGUUUCUUCUUUUUCACAACGCAAGUAAACAUUAAAAUGCUCACCCUUCGAACGGUACCAGUUUUAGCGCGGCGGAAACACUCACCGACCUAUUUCGUGUGACGUUACGUUCAAUUCCACAACAACGCAACGCUAAAAAAAAAAAGCUACACCGCUUAUGUUUUAACGGAAGUGCUUUAUUGAAAUGUUCACAUUUUUGUUUCUGAAAGCUAACGAAUUAUUGGUAUUUCUCAGUUAAGGCAUUCGAGGGCCAAAAAAAAAAAAAAAAAAAAAAGUACAAAUCUAUAACACACACAUCAGGUCUGAGCAAAGCGUAAGCGUCCCGAGCGUGACGCGUGAUAGCGCUGUGACUCAGCGGGGAAGUGAAUCCUGUCAGGGCUGUCGGGAUGGCAGUUUUGUGUUUCACGUCUAUUAAUAGUUCUUUCUGUCUGCUUCUCUCCCUUCGCCAGUGGCCUUACAGCUUUCAACUGGUGGCUAUAAGAGAGCUGGAUCUGAUGGACUUCAACCGGAGAACAGCAGUAUUACUUUGGAUGCCGCGGAGCUGAGGACAUCGCCUCUGCUGAGAUUCAAAAGCAACACGUCGGAGAUCACAAAUAUGAAAAUACACAUCAAAUAGGAGCGCGUCGGUGUGCAGAAGAUCCUUACAGUGGUGUUACCCAACGCGCUUCUGAAGGGAACCUCUAUCCGUCCGGUUCACAGUCAUGUCUCCGUUCCUGAGGAUCGGUUUUUCCAGUUUCGAGAUGGACCCUGGGCUUGCCUACCACGAAGAAGUCCUCAAUCCAUACUGUGCUGUCUACAUGAAAGAGGCUGUGGAGACCGAAAAGGGUCAGGUGUACAAACAGAAGCGGCCCACCAUGUAUCCCCCGUGGAGCAGCACGUUUGACGCUCACGUCCACCGAGGACGAGUGAUGCAUGUGGUGGUCAAGGACAAGACGGCUGAGCUAAAGACGGAGGCUACUGUUCAACUCGACACCCUCGCUUCACGCUGCAAGAAAGAAAACGGCAAACUAGAGAUCUGGGUGGAACUGAAGCCACAGGGUCGCUUAUUAAUGGAGGCACGGUAUUUUUUGGAGAGGAGUGACGCUGCGGGUCACGGUGAAGGAAACGGAGAAACCGAACGGGAAAAAGAAGGGGUGUUUGCCCUGCAUCACAGACGAGGAGCCAUCAAACAGGCCAAAGUUCACGUGGUCAAAUGUCACGAGUUCACCGCCACCUUUUUCCCUCAGCCGACUUUCUGUUCGGUCUGCAAAGAGUUUGUCUGGGGCCUGAAUAAACAGGGAUAUCAGUGUCGGCAAUGCAAUGCCGCCAUCCAUAAAAAGUGCAUAGACAAAGUCAUCGCCAAAUGCACAGGCUCAGCAGUAAACAGUAAAGAAACCAUGAUCCAUAAGGAACGUUUUAAGAUUGACAUGCCUCACCGGUUUAAAGUGUAUAACUACAUGAGUCCCACGUUCUGCGAGCACUGUGGAACCUUGUUGUGGGGUCUUGCUCGGCAGGGCCUUAAAUGUGAAGAGUGCGGCAUGAACGUUCACCAUAAAUGUCAGAGGAAAGUAGCAAACCUUUGUGGCGUCAACCAGAAGCUAAUGGCAGAAGCCCUGGCUAUGAUUGAGAGCACUCAACAGCAGGCUCGCAGCUCUCGGGAUACUGAGAUUGCUGGUCGAGAGGGUCCAGUGGGCGUAAGUCAAGCAGGGGUCACUAGAGAGCCUUCGGGCCGCUUACCAAUAUCACCCCUCACGCCUGCACCGCCUCUACCACGCAAAGAGAAUCAAGGUAUUUCAUGGGACACUCCGGCUGAGGGCCGCAGGCCAAGUCUGGAACAGCCUGAACCCCUGUAUGCCACCCCACGCAAAGAGCACCAAAAGUUCAACCUAGAUAAUUUUAAUCUGCAUAAGAUGCUGGGCAAGGGCAGCUUUGGAAAGGUGUUCCUGGCUGAGCUGAAAGGCACGGGGCAGUUCUUUGCAGUGAAGGCCCUGAAGAAAGAUGUAGUACUAAUGGAUGAUGAUGUUGAAUGCACUAUGGUGGAGAGGAGAGUGCUGUCUCUGGCCUGGGAACACCCCUUCCUCACGCAUCUCUACUGCACCUUCCAGACCAAGGAAAAUCUUUUCUUCGUGAUGGAGUACUUAAAUGGGGGCGACUUAAUGUUCCACAUCCAGGCCUGCCACAGAUUUGACCUCCCACGGUCCACGUUCUACGCGGCCGAGAUCGUUUGUGGGCUGCAGUUUCUACAUUCUAAAGGCAUCGUGUACAGAGAUCUCAAGCUGGAUAACAUCUUGCUAGACAUCGAUGGUCACAUCAAGAUCGCAGACUUUGGCAUGUGCAAAGAGAACAUGUUUGGAGAAUCUAGAACGUGUACCUUCUGUGGAACACCAGACUACAUCGCUCCCGAGAUUCUGCUUGGGCAGAAGUAUGGGACGUCUGUAGACUGGUGGUCAUUCGGCGUCCUCCUUUACGAGAUGUUGAUUGGCCAGUCUCCAUUUCACGGCCAUGACGAGGAAGAGCUGUUUCAGUCGAUUCGCACAGAUGACCCCUGCUACCCACGCUGGUUAACUAGAGAUGCACGGGACAUCCUUGUAAAGCUAUUUGUCCGCGAACCUGAACGAAGGCUGGGCGUGAAAGGAAACAUACGACAGCAUGCGUUCUUCAGAGACAUGGACUGGAGCGCACUAGAGAAACGACAGGUGGAGCCGCCCUUCAGGCCUACUGUGAAAUCAGCAAGCGACUGCAGUAAUUUCGAUAAGGAGUUCAUAAACGAGAAGCCUCGGCUUUCCGUCACAGACUGUAUAAUGAUCAACAGUGUGGACCAGACCAUGUUCAACAACUUCUCCUUCAUCAACCCCGCUAUGAGCCGUCUCAAGAGCCCCUGACACGCAGACGAACGGACACUCGUGCAAAUACUGUGAAAAAGUCUGAACUAAUAGGCAAACACUCACCUGAAUAACAUAUCGGCCUCUAGUCGACCUCGUUUAAUGCUAUAUUUCGUUUUUAUGACGUACUUGCCUUUUUGUGAAGUAAAAUGCAAAAAAACAUUAACAGCAAAAGUUUCAAAAACAUUUUUUCCCCUUCUUCAAUCCUCAAUCAACUAAAUCAUUGAUUCCUUCCCUGAAUCAAUCAUUUGUGAACGUAUUGAACUGAACGGGGCUCGUUUAAAUUGUAUAACAGAAAAAUCCCCACCGCUGCUUAAAUACACAGACUGUCUGGAAAUGUAGAAUUGUAAGAGAUGUACGUAUUUGACGAUGGUGUUGAAUUAUUAAGCCAUAUACUUGCGUUUCGUGAAAUUUGCUGUGCGUUUUAGUGGAAUGAAUAUGCUGUGAUGUAUACAUAAUGAAUUCUGUAGGCCUUGUAUAGAGUGUUGUGAAUGAUGGAAAAAAAAAAUUAACUACUUUAAGUUGCUUCUCAGUUAGGUUCUAUGCUCUUAGAUUGUACAAAGUUACAUGAAUUCUUGGAGGUUAACGUGUGGUUCUUUAUUACAAAAUGAUGUUGUUUUCUGUAUAGUAAGCAUUAUGUUUUCUUUUGAGACAUACUUAUGCGAUCCUUUCUUGUUAUAUUGUACGUAUGGUUAUUUUACGGUGCACGAAAAAUCAAAACCUUACAGAUGAAUGAAUUAAAAACUCUGCUCCGGAAACCCAUUAACAUUAAAGAAAAAUCGCAUUUC